AUGCGAUUUGCCACUGCUCGGAAGACAUCCAGUGUCAGCAAUGUCCUUGCAGGGACACACCAAGAACAGAAGAUCGAGCAGAGCCCCGAGGUGCUGUCCCUUGCCCUGGAUCCCCUGGAGCACGAAUGGCUGCUGACAGUGGCCCAGGGUGAUGCAGACGACAUCAUAACGCUGCUGGACUAAAGGAAAGACUUUGUGACAGGCUUCACUGCUCUCCACUGGCUUGCCAAGCAUGGCCACUAUGAGAGCUUCAUCCAGGUCAUCUCCCAUGCCCAGAAGAAGGGCUAUCCCAUCAACGUGAACAUCCCUACAGCCAGUGGUGGGUUCACCCCCUUGCACGUGGCUGCCCUGCAGGGACACGAGCUGCUCAUCAAAGUGCUGGUGGGAGCUUAUGGGGCAGACACCAGCCGCAGGGACCACAAUGGACGCAAGGCUUGGCAGUACCUGAGUGCAGACACCUCCCAGGAGCUGAAGGAGCUGGCAGGGGCCUUGGAGGAGGACUUGGUCCAGCUGUGCUCUCACAACACCAACAACAACUGUAAGUCAUCCAGAGAAGCCAGGGCAGGGCAGGACUGUGUGGACUCUAGGGCUGAGGGGAAAGCCCAGCGCUCCUGGAGCAUGUCGACCCUCCGGGUCUUUGUCAGACAGGCAUUUACUUUCUUCCAAGAGCGCUAA